AUGCUUCAACACCACCUACGCCCAGACCCAAAGCCUCCCGCGGCGAAUGCGCAGGGUGGAUCCAGGUCGCGGCCGCCGUCGCCGUCGCGCUCAAAGAAGGUAGUCUCUCAGAAGGUCGCCGCGGCGGAGGGGCGUGUUAGCCCGUUCGCGACGGAGGGGUGGGUUCCCGGCUCCCCCCGCCCGCUUAUUGGCACAAGUGCGACGUACAAGGAGACGGCGAUUCUCUUCCCCGACGCGCAGCAGGCGGCCUUUGAACCGAAGGUGCAGGUUCCCUUUACGUACCAGCGUGGCCGUAUUCCACGCAGGAUUGAAAUAGAGCGGCGGCGUCGACAGUAUGAAUUCCACGAUGUACAGCAUCUUGUAGAGGUGGCUGGUUUGACGCUGCAGCAGCUCGCAAAGAAGGACAGUCAGGAGCUGCCACUGGAGGUUUUUGACGACACCUCCUACGACUGUCGCAAUCCGUCAGAGUGGAUGGAGAUAGCAAGACAAAAUGAAAAUGAAAAUGGUCGCUACUUGCCCGCAGAAGGCAUCAGCGAGUGCGGAAAUGGCGAUUUCCGCAUGCGGCCGUGCCGCGUCAUUGCCUGGGAUGCAGAGAGAAACGAACUGACGGUUCUGUGGGGCUCUACCCCAGUCGCAGGUGAGACGCCAGUCGUGGUGCCGCGUUUCUUUGUCCGUCUGCUUGCGGAGGAUCCCAUUGUCUACGUCCAGCGUCUUCUUAGCGCCCAGCAGCAGCGGGCAAAGGCGAUGGCAUGGAUUCGGUACCGCCUCUGCUGUGACGCCAUGCCGUUAGAUGGAUUAAGUGGGCUUGACAGCGGACUUGGGGGGCGGCUGCGGCAGCUUGGCACCGGCAUGCCGCACCUAAGCAAGACGGUCUUCCCCGACGUCGAGGACCGGGUGGAGCGUCUCAUCGCGGAGUUCACGCUCGCGUGGAAGCGGAGUCACAACCGCAUUCUCCUGCAGGAUCGUAUGCAGCGUGACGAGGUCCUGCAGCGGAUGGUGGCCAACGCCACGCAGAUGAGUCUACAGGAGUUGGUGCGUGGUCCGAAUGUGGCGAUCCAGCGAAGCGAAAAGGGCGAAUGCGACACUGUGAUUCCGAUAGGCAACUUUGACUUUGAGGAGCGUGAGCGCUCCUUUACGUUUUCGACGUACUACACACAGCCGGAGGUUGUGACCGCGCUGACCGGGGUGCGGAGUGAAUGUAUAAAAGUUCUCGAGGGCAGCCUCUUUCGUCUCCCAAAGGCGCGCCAGAUGCAGCUUGCCGCGUUUAAGCAGCUGCAGCAGGAACACAUGGCCUCCAUGGCAAAGUACCUCAAGGGGGAGUGGACGGAAAACAUAUGUGACGUGAUCCGAAAAAGUUUCGCUUCCGCCGGCAAGGGGUGGUUGAAUAUCCAGGAAUCGAAGCAAGACAUCUACGAGAUGUCUAAGCUCAAAAAGUUCUUUACGACCGUCAAGUUCAUGAUGGAGGACACCUUAUUCGCCCUUGUCUACACCUCCCUGCAGGACUUUACCGUCUUCUUUGAGGAGGUGUCGGAGUUUACGGUGAAUGUCAUUGACAUGAACCAUGUGAAGAACAACUGGCCUGGCAGCGACGCCGACGAUUGCGUUGAGAAGCAGCCACUGUUCACCAUUGGCCUCGCGGAGCGGGAUGGAAGCUUCACCUACUCCAUCUCCUUUGAGGACUUUGAGGAGACCAUUAUUCGACUCUUCAAUGACGCGAUCUACUGCACCGACGCCACUCCACAGGUGGAGAAGUUUGUCAUGUCGCAAUAUUUUUGGCGGCGGGAAGGGGAAGGGCCCUUCCUCGACUCCGUGAAGCAGGAGGAGGAGCAUGUUGUGCUGCUGCGGCAGCGCGUACGCGCGGCGGUGCAAAAGUCCCUGGAGCCCUUACGAGACUACUUGCAGACGUACGAUGAACUUCUUCCGCUGAUAAGACUCGACAAGAAGGAGUUCAUCACCACCUACGAGCAGCAGGAGCAUACGAUGGAGGAUAUGAAGGACGAAAUACGGCAGCACCUCAAGGCAAAGAAGAUCGUGGCGCAGAAGCUGCCGGCGUACAUCACCGUUGGCAACUACGUUGUUGAUUGCCAGUCCUUUGGGCAAAUCAUGGCAAACAAGGAGCAGGACCUCGCCAAGCUUGUUAUGGACCUCAUCUGCAAAAUGGCCAAGGGUAAGACGACGUACAUUCGUGAUGAGUUUACAAAAAUUGUGCGCACGGUGGAGAAGCAGCCGCAAAACCCAGAGAAGCUGUACGAGCUAAAGAAUUUUAUUGCGAACACGCCAGAGCGCGUCACCGAGUUGUCCGUCGAGAUUGAGGAAAUGCGACAGUUCUACAACAUUCUCGAUGGCUUCCAGUACGAGUUGAGCGAUGAUGAAUCACGUCAAAAGUGGGAGGCCAUCGCGUGGCCGCGGCAGCUGGCGCUUCGUAUCCAGGACACCAACAAGCAGCUCGAGAAGGUGCAGGAGGAGCUGCAUGCACGGCUGCAGAAGGAGGGUGAGGAAUUCAGCAAAAAGGUUGACGCCCUGCAGCGUGUUGUGGCGACCUUCUCAAAGCACACCGACGCCUCCGAGGCAGAGAAGGUGGCCGCCGAGGUGAAGAUGAACAGCAUUGAGAUCCGCAAGUGCAUUGAGGAGGCGCGCUCCAUCAACAGCGAUCAACGACUCUUUGGUGAUAAACUGACCGACUACCGCAACGUUUUUGACCUGGAAAAGGAAUUCAAGCCAUACAGCGACCUGUGGUUGACGACGUACCAGUGGCAAGACUGCUAUCGUCGUUGGCACGCGGACCCGUUUGACUCCCUUGACCCCGACGAGAUUGAGACCGUGGUGGCGAGUGCCUACAAGACGAUGACGCAGCUGGCCAAAACUUUUAAGGACAAAAAUGCCACACUAAAGAUUGUGGAGGAGAUACGCGCCAGGGUGGAGGAGUUUAAGCCGUGGGUGCCUGUGGUAACCUCCUUGCGUCAGCACGGCAUGAAGGAGAGACACUGGAAAGGCCUCUCGGAGAAGCUGAAUAUGAAUCUAGUGCCGGGUGAGACCAUUCUGCUGCUGGACGACAUUGAACCACUGCUGGAACACAAGGAGCUCAUUGUGGCUCACUGCGAGGUUGCCGGAAAGGAGGCGCAGAUUGAGAAGUGCCUCAAGGACAUGCGUGCCAAGUGGGAGACCCGAACGUUUGUUAUUGAGCCCUACAAAGCGACUGGGACGUUUAUCGUCAAGGAUGCCUCUGAGGUUGUGGAGUUGCUCGACGAGCACCUAAACCUGACGCAGCAGCUGCAGUUUUCCCCAUUCAAGGCCUUCUACGAGGAGGCAAUCACGGACUGGGAGCGGUCGCUAAACCUCAUUUCCGACAUUAUCGAGCAAUGGCUGGAGUGCCAGCGUGCCUGGCGCUACCUGGAGCCCAUCUUCAGCUCCGAGGAUAUUGCCCUGCAGCUACCACGCCUAUCCAGACUCUUUGAGCGCGUGGAUAAGACGUGGCGCCGGAUUAUGGGAACUGUCAAUCACCAGCCGAACGUGUUAGAUUUUUGUAUCGGGACGGGCAAACUUCUUGAAAGUCUGCGGGAGUCGAACCGCAUCCUGGAGGAGGUUCAGCACGGUCUCAACGACUACCUGGCGGAGAAACGGCAGACCUUCCCAAGGUUCUACUUCUUGUCCGAUGAGGAGCUGCUGGAGAUUCUCUCGCAGUCGAAGGAGGUGAAGCGCAUUGAUGCUCACAUCAGCAAGCUGUUUGAGUUUAUCAACCGUCUGGCGUGGAAGGAGAAUGCAAUCACUGGAUUUUUUAGCGCGGAGGGGGAGCACUUGCCAAGCGUGCAGCCUGUCAUACCGGAGGGAAAUGUGGAGGUGUGGUUGCAGUCGGUGGAGAGCAUGAUGAAGAGCGCGGUGCAUGACCAGCUGCGGCAGACCUUCCGCGACUACACCUGUACCCCGCGACGACGAUGGGUGUUGCGUUGGCCCGCGCAGUGUGUCAUUGCUGUGGCGCAGAUAUUCUGGACGAACGGCUGCGAGACUGGCUUGACUCAGCAGGGAAGCGUUGCGAAGUUUUUUGACACGCUUGACGCCCAAUUGUAUGAACUCGUGGACAUUGUGCAGUCACCGCUGAAACCACGCGAGCGAAUCAACAUGGGGGCCCUCAUCACCGUGGAGGUACACGCGAAGGACACCGUGGAGUUGAUGAAGCGCAACGAGGUCAGCUCAGUGCAGUCCUUCGAUUGGAUCAAGCAACUGCGGUUCUACUUUGACCCCGAGGAUGAGUUGUGCCACAUUAAGCAGGUGGACGCCCAUUUUGUGUACGGCGGCGAGUACCUCGGCAACACCGGUCGCCUUGUCGUAACGCCGCUCACCGAUCGCAUUUACUUAACUCUCACGGGGGCGUUGGCGCUCUGCCUCGGUGGGGCUCCUGCGGGGCCAGCUGGUACCGGCAAGACUGAGACAACAAAAGACUUGGCCAAGGCGUUCGCAAAGCAGUGCGUCGUGUUCAAUUGUCAGGAGGGUAUGACGUGCAACUCCAUGGCAAAGUUCUUCAAGGGUCUUGCCUGGGCUGGUGCGUGGGCCUGCUUUGAUGAGUUUAACCGUAUUGAUGUGGAGGUGCUCUCUGUCGUGGCGCAGCAGGUGACAGAUCUUCAACAGGCCUGUUUGACGAAGCAGUACCGUAUUAUCUUUGAGGAAAGCGAGGUGGUUGUGGACCCCACGCAUGCCGUCUUCAUCACAAUGAACCCCGGCUACGCCGGACGUACGGAGUUGCCGGACAACUUGAAGGUUCUCUUCCGCCCGGUGGCGUGCAUGGUGCCAGACUACGCCCUCAUUGGUGAGAUUCGUCUAUUCUCGUACGGCUACAAAAAGGCCCGCAGCCUCGCACAAAAGAUGGUGAUGACAUUUAAGCUAAGCUCGGAACAACUUUCCUCGCAGGACCACUAUGACUUUGGUAUGCGUGCGGUGAAUACAGUCAUUUCUGCAGCGGGAAUAAACAAGCGGGAGAGCCCAAACGAAGAGGAGGAUUUGUUGCUGCUUCGCGCCCUGCGCGACUCCAAUGUGCCCAAGUUUCUUGUAGACGACAUUGCGCUUUUUGAGGGAAUUAUCAGUGACCUAUUUCCCGGAACAAAGCUUCCCUCGACGGACUACGGCGUCGUUGUGGACCUCCUUCGACAGGUUGUCACAGCCGAUAAGCUUCAACCGGUGCCUGCCUUUAUUGAUAAGUGUUUGCAGCUUUACGACAUUACGACGCUGCGCCAUGGCCUGAUGCUGGUGGGCCCCGCUGGAAGUGGAAAGACGAUGGCGUACACCGCCUUGCAAAAGGCCCUGUCGGAGUGCGCCAUCUUGCAGAGCAAGGGAAAAGACGUCGGGUCAAGGGAGUACAUGAAGGUCUACACCCACAUCUGCAACCCGAAGGCUGUCACGAUGGAUCAGCUGUACGGCGCCUAUGAUGAGAAUGGGGAGUGGAAGGACGGCGUGCUGUGCGUCCUCUUUCGUCGUGCCGCAAAGUACGGUGAUGAGGGGACGCAGCUUGGUAAGCACUGGGUGUUGUUUGAUGGCCCGGUGGAUGCUCUCUGGAUCGAGUCCAUGAACACGGUGUUGGAUGACAACAAAAAACUCUGUCUUGUCUCUGGUGAGAUUAUUCAGAUGAGCCGAGACAUGACGAUGAUGUUUGAGGUGGAGGACCUCGCCGUCGCCUCCCCCGCCACCGUCUCGCGUUGUGGUAUGAUUUACAUGGACCCAGCGGCGUGUGUUCCGACGCAGGCCGUUGCGGAGACGUGGAAGGAGUCUCUUCCGGCCUUUUUGGCCUCUCAGAAAGACCACCUUGCCAACCUUGCCAACAUGUACAUGGAUGAGCUUGUUGAGUUUGUGCGGGCCCACCUGAAGGAGUACGUGCCUUCGACAAACGUUUGUCUCGUGCACUCUCUCUUCCGCGUCAUGGAUGGCUACGUCCAGUCCUUUUCCGUGCCUAAGCCGCCGCCUGGGCAACCGCCACUGAGCCCGGAACGUGAGGAAAUUCUUGCAAAAUGCGUCACCCCGUUGUUUUUCAUGUCUGUUGUCUUGAGCAUUGGGGCAACGUGUGACGAGAGCGGCCGUGAGCAGUUUAGCGACAUGCUGCGCACCGUGGCGCGGCGCAACAACCACGCCGACUCGUUACCGGCGGAAGGAAUUAUAUACGACUACUGCUUCGUCUACUCCGCCUCACCUGAGGACGAGAAGGAGCCGCGCUGGGUGCACUGGAAUGAGCUCCGUGAGAGCUGCGACAUUGGACGAACGACAAAGUACGAAGAUGUUAUGGUGCCCACAAUAGACAACACACGCCAGAAGUACGUGCUGCGGCACCUGCUGAUGCAAAAGGCGAACGUCGUGGCUGUGGGUCCGACAGGCACAGGAAAGACGGUCGCUGUGAGUGAUCUUGUGCUUGGCGGGCUACCCGACCGCUUCCUUGGCCUAACCUUUACCUUCUCACCGCAGACAAAGGCUGGCGUGCUGCAAAACUCCCUCAUGUCCAAGUUUGACAAGCGCCGCUCCCACGUGUUUGGUGCCCCCAUCGGUAAACACUUUCUCAUUUUCAUUGAUGACGCGAAUUUGCCGCAAAAGGAACGUUACGGCGCCCAGCCACCGCUAGAGCUGCUGCGCCAGCUGUUGGGUCAUGGUGGUCUCUACGGUUUCACCGGUGGCAUCCGGUGGAACGCCAUCAUUGACACAUCCUUUGUCAUGGCGAUGGGGCCGCCGGGGGGCAGCCGCACGCAGGUCUCAAAUCGCCUCAUGCGCUACCUCAACUACGUCUCGUUCCCCGAGAUGUCGGAGGUGUCAAAGCGGACCAUUUUGAACACCAUUCUCACAGGGGGUCUGCAUCAGCGUGGGGUGAAGGAGGAGCUCAUUGAGCUUUCUUCCAAACUUGUGGAGAGCACAUUAAGUGUCUUUGCGAACUGCCGCAAAGCCUUCGUGCCGACACCCUCCCAUGUGCAUUACUCCUUCAAUAUGCGUGAUGUGAUGCGGGUGUUCCCCAUGAUUUUUGCCAGUGACGCGAAGGGUCUGCCAGACGAGGAGGUGAUGGUGAAGCAGUGGAUGCACGAGAUGCAGCGGGUGUUUUACGACCGGCUCAUCUGCGCGGAGGACCGCAAGCAGUUUAUUUCCUUCCUCAAUGGGGAACUCGCAAAGUUGGGCUACGACGGCGGCUACCACGCGCUGGUGCCCGAAGGUAGACUCAUCUUUGGGGACUUUAUGUCGGACCGAGAUCGGAGUUACACGCAAAUCAGUGAUAUGACUGCCCUCGCGACCUUCUUCGACGAGCAGCUGAACGCCUACAACGACGCCAAUGAGACUGUGAUGGACCUUGUGCUCUUUCUUGACGCCAUCGAGCACGUUUGCCGCAUCGCCCGCGUGCUGGGUCUGCCCAACGGUCAUUGCCUGCUACUAGGCAUUGGUGGCUCCGGCCGCAAGUCCCUGACCCGGCUUGCGUGCUUUCUCAUUCCCGACAUGGAUGUCUUCACGAUUGAGUUUACAAAGAACUUUGGUGUAAAGGAGUGGCACGAGUCGCUGGCGACGCUGUUGCUAGACUGCGGAAAGGACGAGAAGAGGCGCACCUUCCUCUUCUCAGACACCCAACUGGUUCACCCCACGCUGAUGGAGGACGUCGCCGGGCUUCUUACCUCGGGCGACGUGCCCAACCUGUUUGAGGACCAGGACAUUGAGCUCAUCAACAACAAAUUUAAGGGCGUCUGCAUGAGCGAGAAUCUGCCAACGACAAAGGUGUCGGUGUAUGCAAGGUUUAUUAAGGAGGUUCGUGCGAACCUUCAUAUUGUGUUGGCCUUUUCACCCAUUGGUGAGGUGUUUCGCAGCCGAAUACGCAUGUUUCCCUCAUUGAUUACCUGCUGCACGAUUGACUGGUUUGCGGAGUGGCCUGGCGAGGCACUUCUCUCCGUGGCCAACGCGCAGCUUUCCGUCGCCAACCUGGAGAUUCAGAACGAGGAGAUGAAAAGACUCGCCGAAUGCUUUAAAUCAAUGCACUUGUCCGCGUCGGAGACGACGGAGCGCUUCUAUGUCGAGACGCACCGUCGCUCCUACGUGACACCGACGUCCUACCUUUCCCUGCUCAACAACUACACGGUUCUUGUGGAGAAUAAGCGGCGGUUUGUGUUCGAGCAGUGCAAUCGCCUGGAGAACGGACUGGAGAAGUUGUACGAUACAGAGCAGCGUGUCGUGGAGCUGGAGAGCCAGCUGAAGGCGCAGCAGCCUGUCCUGGAGAGGAAAAAGACGGAAAUUCAGGAGAUUAUGGAGCGGCUCCGUGUGGAUCGUAGGGACGCCGCGGAAAAGGAAAUAUCGGCGCGGCAGGAAGAGGCUAUUGCAACGACCAAGGCAGAGGAGUGUUCCAAGAUGCGCCGGGAGUGCGCGGAUCGAUUGGCAGAGGCCGAGCCUGCCUUACAGGAGGCCGUGAAGGUGCUCUCGAAGAUUAAGGCGGCUGAGAUUUCCGAGUUGAACAAGUACCAGAACCCGCCCAAGGGUGUGCAGUACGUGAUGGAGGCCGUGGCACUCCUCCUCACCUUUGGGAACUGCCCACGAGAGUUCUACACGGGGCCGCCCGGAGCCAAGAAAACUCCAGAUUGGUGGAUGUGCGCCAAGUCGUACAUGAGGAAUGCGAAUCAGCUCUUGGACACCCUGGUGCAGCCCCCCGAGAAGGGUGGCUUUGACCGCGAGGCGAUGGAUAUGACGCUCAUUGAGAAGGUGAGGGCGUAUUACGAUAACGAAGAGUUCCUGCCGGAGAAGGUGAAGACGGUCUCCGUGCCAUGUAUGGCGAUGUGUCAGUGGGUGCGUGCAAUGUACAAAUGGUUCUUUGUGAACCGUGAGAUUCAACCCCUGCGUGAGAGGCUUGCGGAGGCGGAAAGUGAACUGCGACGUGUCAAUGAAGCCCUUGCCGACACACGCAUGAAGCUUGAUGCAGUUAUUGAGGCCGUGGCUACGCUAGAGCGAGAGUUCACGGAGGCGGUAGAAACGCAGACACAGCUUGAAAAUGAGGUAGAGCAGACGAGUCAGAAGCUGCAUCGUGCCGCCCGACUCAUUGACGGCCUUGGCGGUGAGAAGGUGCGGUGGAUGGAGCUCGUGGAGCAGUACAAGGCCCAGCAGGAGUGUAUUUCGGGAGACAUGUUGAUAGCAGCCGCCUCGAUUGCGUACUGCGGCCCCCUCACCGGCCCCUACCGCCGGCAUCUCAUUGACACAUGGGCCGGCAUCCUCGCCGGGGUCGGCAUCAAGUCCAGCGAACACGUGGACCUCGUCUCCACCACUGGGGAUCCGGUGCGGAUACAGGAGUGGCAGUUGUGUGGCUUGCCAAAGGAUCCACUUUCCACGGAGAAUGCCAUCAUCCUCACAAAUGCGCGGACGUGGCCGUUGUUGAUUGAUCCACAGGGGCAAGCGAAUGAGUGGAUUCGAAAUUGGCACAGGAACGACAACUUGCAGGUUUGCAAGGCCUCGGAGGAUAAGUUCAUGAAAGUCGUGGAGGGUGCUAUUCGGCUUGGUCUCCCGUGUCUAUUGGAAAACGUUGGAGAAUCCCUCGAUCCGGCGCUGGAGCCGGUGCUGCUGCGUAACGUGUUCCUCAUUGGCAGCACACCCCACAUCCGUGUCGGGGACUCCGCCAUCCCGUAUGAUAGAAACUUUCGCUUCUACAUGACGACGAAGCUUCCAAACCCCUCCUACACCCCAGAGACCAUUGUGACGGUGUCCUUAUUGAACUUCUUUAUUACCCGCAGCGGGUUGGAGGAUCAGCUGCUGGGUAAAACGGUGGAGAAGGAGCGCAAUGAUUUGGAGCAGGAGAAGCAGAAGCUCACUCGGGACUGCGCAGAGAAGAGCCGGGAGCUGAAGGAGAUGCAGGAAAACAUAUUGCGUAUGCUGGAAGAGGCGGAGGGUGACAUCCUCGACCAAGAGGAACUCAUCAUUGCGUUGGAGAAGAGUAAGCUGAAGUCCACGGAAAUUAAAGAUGACCUCCGACGGGCGCGGGAGACGGAGACGACGAUCGAUGAAACUCGAAAUAAGUAUCGUCCCCACGCCUACCGUGGAGCAUUGCUCUUUUUCUGCGUCUCUGAGCUUGCCAUGGUGGACCCCAUGUAUCAAUUUUCCCUCCAGUGGUUCAUUAACCUGGUGCUGUUAGCAGUGGACAAAACGGAGCCGGCCGAGGAGAUCGAGACACGUGUGAAGAACCUAACGGACUACUUCAUGUACUCCUUCUACACGAAUGUCUGUCGUUCCUUGUUUGAACGUCACAAGUUGACGUUCUCCUUUUUCCUAUGCACCUCUAUUCUGCAGCAGGAGGGCAAUCUUGACGGCGACGAGUACCUUUACUUGCUGAAGGGACCCACAGGCCGCGGCGGCGCCGCGGCGAACCCUGCCCCGGAGUGGCUCACCGACAACUGCUGGAACGAGAUUCAGUUUGUCAGCGCCAACCUCCCUGGCUUUGCCGGGUUUGCCCAACACGUGGCUGAAAAUUGUGGACACUACAAGAGACUGUUUGACAGUUCCUCGGCACACACAUACCCACUCGUGGGUGAGUGGGAGGAGCGGGAGACGAGGCUGAGGCGUCUAAUCAUUACGCGCUGCUUCCGGAAGGAUAAGCUUGCACCGGCCAUUCAGGAAUUCGUGAAGUUCUACAUGGGGGAGCGGUUUAUUCUUGUCCCUCAGUUUGAUCUCAUGGAUGCGUACAAGGACAGCACCUGCCUGACGCCGCUCAUUUUCAUCAUUUCGCCCGGUUCGGACCCCAUGAAUGAUCUUCUGCGUUUUGCGGAGCAAAUGCGGAUGUCGAAGAAGAUGGACAAGGUUUCACUCGGCCAGGGACAAGGUCGCAAGGCGGAGGAGCUGCUAAACAACGGCCGCGAGCGAGGUCAGUGGGUGCUGCUGCAAAACUGUCACUUGGCAACCUCAUGGAUGCCAACCUUAGAGGCCAUUGUGGAAACCUUUACCACGGAAACCGUGCGAAAGGAGUUCCGUCUCUGGCUGACCUCGAUGCCAUCGGGGGCGUUCCCCGUUGCCGUCCUGCAAAUCUCCGUGAAGAUGACCAAUGAACCGCCCAUGGGGCUGCGUGCAAAUAUGACACGCUCGUACUACGGACUCACCGACGAGGAUUUGGAUCACCCGAGCAAACCAAACGAGUUUAAGAAGAUGGUUUUUGCACUCUGCCUCUUCCAUGGCGUGAUUCAGGAGCGGCGUAAGUUUGGCUCCUUGGGAUUUAAUAUUUCCUACGAAUUCAACGAUUCCGACCGUAACGUAUGCCUCAUGCAGCUCCGCAAGUUCAUGUCUCUCUACGACGAGGUCCCCUUUGACGUGUUAACCUUCCUCACUUGCGAGAUUAACUACGGUGGACGCGUGACGGAUGACUGGGACAGGCGCUGCAUGCUGGCCCUCGUAAAAACCUUUAUCAACCCCGGUGUGCUGAACGAUGGCUACUCCUUCUCGCCCUCCGGGUUGUACCGCACCGUUGAGCCGUUCGACCGACACUACUACCUGGGGCUUCUCCGUUCCUGGCCGCUGAACCCAGACCCGGAGGUCUUUGGCUUGCACGACAAUGCCGACAUCACAUGUGCACAAAGCGAGAGUGCCAACAUCCUCGCCACCAUCUUGUCUCUCGUCUCGCGUGAGGAGUCGGGGUCGUCGCACACGAGUCGCGAGGAGAUGCUAACACAGACGGCGAAGAGCAUUCAGGAGAAGCUGCCGCAGACGUUUAACGUGCAGGAGUUUUGUGCAAGGUAUCCCACACGCUACGAGGAGUCCAUGAACACGGUUCUUGUUCAGGAGGCUGUACGGUACAACCGUCUGCUUCGUUUUAUCCGCACCAGUCUCGCGGAGUUCUCCAAGGCGGUGCGGGGUGAAGUUGUCAUGUCGGCGGAGCUUGAGGAAGUCGGGUCAAGCUUCUUCAUCAACGCCGUCCCCGCGUCAUGGGUCGCCUUGGCGUAUCCGUCUAUGAAGCCGCUCUCGAGCUGGGUUGACGAUUUGGUGCAGCGGGUGCAGUUCAUUCAGUCUUGGUACGAUGGUGGCGUGCCAAAGGCCCUCUGGAUGGGCGGCUUCUUCUUCCCCCAGGCCUUUCUCACCGGCACACUGCAGAACUACGCCCGUCGCACCCGCGUCGCCAUCGACUCCGUUUCCUUCGCCUUUGAGCUGAUGGAGGAGAGGGACCCCGCCCAGGUAGAGGCGCGGGCGGAGGGGGCCGUCGUGUACGGGCUGUACAUGGAGGGCGCGCGGUGGGACGCGGAGGGGCGCACCCUCGCCGAGUCGCGGCCGAAGGAGCUGUACGUGGAGAUGCCGCUCAUCCACCUGGAGCCGCGGGUCGACCACGUCAACGACCCGAAGGAUUACGUGUGCCCGGUGUACAAGACCCUGGCCCGCGCCGGCACACUGAGCACCACCGGGCACUCCACGAACUUUAUUCUCCCCAUCUGCAUUCCCACCAACGUCGAGCCGGAGCACUGGGUGAAGCGCGGCGUGGCGUGUGUGGUGUCGCUGAACUUCUAG